UUAAGAUUCAAGAAGAAGUUUGGUAUAUAAACUGCCUCUUACACUCUUUGGGUGCUCAGCUUUGAGCGUAGAGGAGCUCUACGUAAAAUUCUUAGGUUUCUCAGAGUUAAUUUUAAUGGCGGGGAUCAAGCAUACGGCUCCACUAGUAGAGGAACCAGACGGCAAAAGACUUAGGCAUUCUACUGACUCUGAGCCCCAGAAAAGAACCACAAAACAAUGUGUGGUGCUCAACCCCGCAGACUGUAACCUAGAUUUUAGUGUAGAAGGUGAUGGUCUUCAAGGUCAUGCACUUCAUGAACAAGGUUUUGCAUACUGUUGGUCUGGUGCUCGUGCCAAUGUUGGAAUAACUCGGGGGAGAUACUGCUUUGGAUGCAAAAUCAUUUCGGAGCAGCCAGUUGAGAUGCAAGAUACGUCCACUGAUCAGCAACAUGUAGCCCGUGUUGGAAUUUCAAGAGGGGAUGACGAAGUGGGGAAUCUUGGAGAAAGUGGUCACAGUUUUGGGUUUGGUGGUACAGGAAAAUUUUCAACUGCUGGAAAGUUUAUAGAUUUUGGUAAGAAGUUUGGUGUUGGUGAUACAGUUGUAUGUGCUGUGGAUCUAGAGAGCAAACCAUUAGCUUCAGUUGGUUUUUCGAUGAAUGGAAAAUGGUUGGGUAUUGCCAGGCUGUUUGAUGCUGGUCCUAAGGGUCUGGGUGUUAUUAUGUCUUCAUUGAGAAGGAUAGCUUGGGGAUCAGCAUUGUUUCCUCAUGUUUUGUUGAAGAAUGUUGUUGUUCAAUUGCAGUUCAGUAUUGAAGAUGGACUGGUCCCUGAAGAAGGUUACAAGCCUUGGGAUUUGGCACUUCAGGAUGGUAAUGCAAUAAUGGGUCCUGUUUUCUCUAAUCCCAAGGAUUGUGAGGUAUUGAUGAUGGUGGGUUUACCUGCUUCUGGAAAAACUACAUGGGCAGAAAAAUGGGUCAAGAAACAUCCUGAGAAACGUUAUGUUGUCCUCGGUACAAAUCUGGCACUGGAUCAAAUGAAGGUACCAGGGUUACUGCGUAAACAAAAUUAUGGGGAGCGUUUUGAACGCUUGAUGGAUCAAGCAACUGGAAUAUUCAAUACAGUGUUGGCCAGGGCUGCUAAGACGCCUCGCAAUUACAUUCUUGAUCAAACAAAUGUCUACAAGAGUGCUCGUAAACGUAAACUGAAAGCUUUCAUGAACUAUCGGAAGAUUGCAGUUGUUGUAUUCCCUACAGCAGAUGAGCUAAAGUUCCGUGCUGACAAACGAUUCAAAGAAAUGGGGAAGGAAGUGCCUGCGGAUGCAGUGAACGACAUGUUAGCUAACUAUGUUUUACCCAUGAGCAACGACAUGCCUGGUUCAGAUGAGUUCUUUGAUGAGGUUAUAUUUUCGGAACUGAAUAGAGGAGAUGCUCAAAGAAUUUUGGACGAAAUGAAGCGUGAAGUGCGUUACAAUGCCAAUUCACUGGCAAAGAGCAACAUAUCUCCUUAUUCUCAUGAAAGUUCAAUCCAGUCACACAGUUCUUUUAUGGGAUCUGUAACAGGAACUGGUCAGAGGCAAAAUUUUCAUUCACCUCUCUCAUAUGCAAGUGAAUUUCGGAGCCCCCAACAGGUGGGAACUGCAUUUUCUGCUCUCCUAACCAAUUCAGGUGCGGAUUUUUCUCCUACAGGUUACCAAUCAGGCAUGAUUGAUUCUUAUGGAACGCAAGAAAUUGGGCUCAGAUCAGGUUCUGCUUAUUCAUAUGGGCGACCAGAUGAUUAUCCUGGAGGGUUCAGACCCAUGUUGUCUGAUCUAAACCGUCCACCCCGAAGGGACAAUCCUCAUGGAAGCUAUGGUAGAUAUGAUCCACAAAUUAGUACCGACUUGGAGAGACCCAUUAGUUCCUUUCCUACAAGUCCUCAAAGUCAUUCUGGAGACCCUAGGUUAUUUCUAUGUAGCUUGCAGGAUGCAAGGGAAACUGGGUAUCAGAAGCCAUAUGGUGGUUUUGGAGGUCCUCCCUCUUCAUAUUCAGGUUCUUAUGGAACUCCACCUCCAAAGCCCUCAUACCAAAGUAGCCCCUGAGCCAUUAUUCUGGUUCACCUUAUGGAACUCCACCUCCAAGGCCUUCUUAUGAAAAUAUGCCCCCUAUGAGUCAUUAUUCUGGUUCCCCAUAUGGAACACCUCCAAGGCCUCCUCCAUAUACACCACCAGGGCCCCGCUACUGAAGUCACCUUCAUCAUUCAUAUAAAAUAUGUUGAUAUGAUUGUGGCUUAUUGUAUAAGGACACAAAACUUUACAAAUCUUGUGUUAUAGCAGCUAUAUGUGAAAUGGCCGGUCCAUGUUCAAGUGUUCAA